AUGGACGCGAUCAUAUAUCCAGAUGACAUAUUCAAGCUGCUGCUCGUGCCGCUCAUCGCGCAGCAGAUCCCCGGCUUCAACGUCACUUUCGCGGUGACUCCAUUUGCGGGUCAACCGGAAGUCAGAGCGCUCCAGGGCAGGGUAGUCAACCCGGGCGCUCGCUUUCACAUCACAGCAGCUUGCGUGCGCUCCUUUUUCUUGCCAGCUUCUUUCAACACAGCGUGCUACUCGGGUCCCACGUUGAUCCCGGUCAUCCCACUGUCCUACGACCCGCUCACCAUCCCCGCCACCUGCCCGCCCGGUGCGGUCAACAUGACGGCGGCAAAGAACGUGUCUGGCCGUCCCCUCGACCGGGCCAUCUGCGCAGGCUUUCCCUACUCCAACGCCACCCGGCCUUUCCCUGACGCUAAUGGCGACGUCAAUGCUCCUUACCCCUACUCUCCUACUCCUUCGCCUCCUGCUCCUGUUUCUGCACCCUCCUCUCCCGCUCCUGCCCUUUCUCCACCUACUCCCUCCACGCCGGCAACCAUUACCGGUGCUCCUCUCCCCAGCAUCAUGUCUCCAUCCCCCCCAUCUGCGUCUCCUCCUCCCACUGGACCCAUCCCUCCUCCUCCGUCCCCCAAGGCUGCUGGGGCGAGUGGAGCCUCUCUGGCUGCUGCAGUUCUGCCACUGCUGGUGGUUGUGCUCAUGGCGGGGGUAUGA